GACCCAAGAUGCUGAAUAUCUUCAGCCUCUUCAUUCUCUGUGGGUUGCUUGCCUCAUCCUCUGCCCAGGAGGUCCUGCCUGGAGUUUCUUCCCAGCUCCUUAAUGAUUUAACUCAAGGACUCCUCAGGGCAGACUUUCUUCCCAGCCUGCAGACAAUUGGCCUCCAGAAAUCAUUGAGUAGUGCCUUCGACGGCAUAUCAGGCCUCCUGGGCAUCUUGGGGACUCCACUCACCAAUGAGAUCGGCACUGUUAGGAUACAGGUGAAAAAUCCUCAACUCUUCCAAGUCUCCAUCGAGAGCACCCCUCAAAGAAAUGAGGCCACUGUACGAAUACCAUUCACAUCUGAGUUGAUUGUGCAGCUCCUGACCAUGAAGCCCUUCACAGCUAAUAUGCAGUCAGAUAUAAAAGUCCAGAUUCGUUUGGAGAAGAAUUUAGGUGGCAGAUAUGAACUCACCUUUGGGAACUGCAGGCUCUUGCCUGAGGCUAUGUGGGUCCAAACGGGAGUCCCACUCACCCCAGCAGCAAAACUUGUUGUGGAAAACAUAGAGAGGAACCUGAAAACCAUAGCGGCCCGUGAUCUGGGACGACAAGUGUGUCCUGUGAUUAACAAAUGGCUCUACAACCUGGAUCAGUAUGUGGUUAAGGAGCUGAUUAAUCUGGUCCUGCUGCAGGAAAAGUACCAAGUCACCAUCUAA